AUGUACUAAAAUUUUCUAUCUAAACUUUAAAUAUAUAUGUAUAUCUAUUUCAUUUUGAGUACGAGUGUAUGUACACCAGUUCAGACUACAAAUAACAGAGCUGAUAUUUCCUGAGUGGUGAUUAUAUAGUCGUCUUUAAAUUUAAAGCUCUGUGUAAUUUCCUCAGUUUUUAGAUUGUAACAUAUUCUCAAAAAUGCCACAAGAUAUGAAUGUUUUAUGUUGUUAUUCUUGUAGAAUGUAUCAAGUACAUAUAGUAAAAAAAGCACGCAAAUGGCAGUGCAAGUUGUGUAAUGCAAAGCAAUCAAUACAGAAGGUAUAUUUUCAAGGAUCUGGCAAAGACUGUCGUCUUCAUGUCCAACAUUUGAAUUAUUUGAAGACAAAUGAUACAUCAUUUUCUUUAUAUCUUCAGCAAGAGAACAGCAAUGAUAAUUAUAAUACUGCUGUUCAAGAAUUAGACGUUGAUAAGCCUGUUAAAAGCGAGUGGGCAAAAUAUCUAGACUCACCAAAGAAAGAAAGUCUAUCUGAUGCACAAAAUUCAUCUUUUGAUAGUAUUCAUGAGACUGAAGAUAUGAUAAUCAAUGAGAAAUCCCUAUGUAAUGCUAUAAAUAAUGAUUCAUAUAAUUUUGAAGAUAUUGUAGAUGAUAUUAAUUUUGUAAGCGAAAAUAUUGACGAUAAAACGGAAAAGUUAUAUUCUAACUAUAAUUGUAGAGUCGAAGAUAAAUGUACUUUACAAGAUAGUGAUAAUAAAUCGAACCAAGGUCAUAAUAAUCAUAAUGAUAUUGCUAACAUCUUUGAAACUUAUAGUGAAUUAGAUGAUCCUAUCGAUAUUUAA